UACAAUUUUUAUUUCCUUGUUUUAUUUUAAAAAAUGUCAUUAUUGUUAUUAUUUUCUAAAUAAUUAAUUUAGUAACAUAAAAAUUGUGGUACGCCGGUAUAGUUGCAUGGCGUAUACAAUUUUUAUAUUAAUACAAUUUUUUUCUUGUGGGCAUCAUACAGAUGUCGCUUCGUCGCUUCGAGUAGCUACUCUCGGGCGCGCAACAGAUUCAAAAUCAUUUCAGGCAUAUAGUGAGCAAAUACAGUUGCGUUCGCAAUAACUUUGGAUUUGUUUUCUGUAUUUUCGACAAAAUGAGUUACGCGUGUGCCAAAUUCAUGAAAACUUGUGUUCGACACAAGUUAUUAACAAUUGUUGAAACGAAAAAUGUUAAACAUUUUAAAGGCGAUGAAGUGGAACGAAAAAAAAAUGUUCGUAUUAUCUGUGGUGACGGAUACUGUGGUGCCGUAUUACUUUUUUUAGGAGAAACGAAGAAAAGUGUAGAAACUUUUAUGGCGUCAACUAAUAACAAUAAAAGAAUGAAAAUUCCCAAUUUAAAAAAUAUGGACUCUUUCACUGACACGGAUUCCGAAAAUGAUAAAAAAAAAAAUUUUAAGCGAAAAGUAGAUAACAACAAUGAAACUCAGAAAAAUAUUUUAAAUGCCAAGUUGGCAAAAAUGGCAGCAGUUUCUCAACCUACUAUAACAUCAAUAACAGUACCGAAACCUGCAAUAAAUGUGUCUGAAUUUGAUAAAAAUGUGCCAAGACCGUCCGAGAAGAUUAAAGAAUUAUCGGUAAACUUAAAUAGAAUUGCUUCUACACUAAAUGUCAGUAACUUUGCAGUUGAUAAUAUUAUACAAAAUGAAAAUUCUAUAAAUUUUGAUAAAAUUCAUCAACGUGAAACUCCUUUAAUUCUCAAAACCAAAGAAGAUUUUAAUAAUAAGGAAAACGAAACAAAGAAAAAUGACAACAAUGAACUCAAACUUAUUUUAAGGAAAAAAGAUAUUGAAUUAAAAAAAUGUAUAAUCGAAAUUAAAAAAUUAAAAAAACAACUGGAAGAUGAAAUGGAUCAGAAAAAUGACCUGCUUUUGUUAAACAUGGACUUACAGAGAACGGUCAUUGGACAAUUUUCAAAUUUACAUUCUAAUUUAAAGGAAUUGACGAGUGAGGUUACAGAGGUAGCAAACAUGUCAGGAAAAGAGUGUGCGGACUUGAUUAGUGCCAUUAAAGGAGAUGAGAUACACCUGGGUCGUAAUAUUUGGAUAAAGAAGACUGUAUAUGACGCCAUUAAAGGAAAAUCUCGCAUUACACCAGCUUUAUUUGUAAAAGAAAUAGCUUUGGCCGUCUUCGGCAUAGAUACACUCUUAGCCAGUACGGUUACAGGCAAAACAUCAAAUAGGUCCAAAAGUAAAAAGAUCGCAGACGCAGAACAGGAGAUAUUUAAAUUGGAUCCAAUUAAAUUGAUGGCUAUUGGGGAUAUAACGUUCCAAUGGAUGAGGGUAGAGUUGAAAAAAAGCCAGAUGGAGUCCGAACUAGAAAAAGCAAAAGUGGGUAAAUACAUUUCACAUAAAAUAAGUGAAAUGAAAAGAUGUAUUAAAAAAUGCGAAGAGUCAACUGCAGUUACAAGUAAUGGAGCAGCAGAAGAAAAAUUUUGUCAAGAAAUAGAAAGUGUUGAAAAAGUAGAGGAUAUAUCUCUAAUUGGAAACGAAGGUGAUAACAUGGAAGUGGAUGAAAGUAAUGAUAAAAGUGUAGCAUCAGAUGGUGAUUAUGAAUUUGACGACUUGUCAGGCAAUGACAAUGAUGACGACAGUAUUAAUGACAAUGUAAAUGACAACUACCAAGAUCCCUUAUUCAUCGAACCCUUGAACAUGAAUGACAAUUUAUUUGAUGAGAAGAAUAUUUAAUAGUGUAUUUAGGUUUAUUUAUUAAAAUAUUUUAUUAAUAGUAUUCAACUAAAUAUAUUAUAUCAGAACAUUUGAAAAUUUUAUUCCUAUUAUAUCAAUGUACUUUAGUUUACAUACUA